ACAAGAACUGCUCAACUUCUAGUAAACCCGCACCAACAACAACUGCCCCCCAUUUUCUUGCGGGGUUAUCCCGGCGGCCUGUGCUAAUCCCCGCUGAAAAUCGCCACCGCUUCCGCAAAAUCUCGCCACGGAUCUCUAAAUCAUUCAUUACUGCUCUAGUACAAAGCUCCCAGGAAAAGAGAGAUUUCGUCUUUGCUGGUACAGCUCGUGGGUCUUGCUGGUGUUUAAUCUAGAACGCAUCCAGAAUUCGUGGACUCCCCCGGCGAGACUCACACGCUAGCUAGUUCCCCCAGUACAAAGCGCGUCGGGAUUUCUCCCGGGAUUCCAUUUCGUUUUCCCUCGAAUUUUUUAGAGGCCUCCUUUGUUGCAAUCCAGCUCUCGCCUCUCGCGCCGUCCGGUCGUGGCCGGAAUCGGGAUUUCUAUUUUAAUUUCUUCCCCAAUCCGCUGUACGGCGGCUCUAGCCUCUCGCCAUGGGCAACUGCUGCGGUGCGCCGUCGUCGUCGUCGCAGGGCGGCGGGAAGAACAGGCGGAAGCAGAAGGCGAACCCCUUCACCGUCGCGUACAACCGCGGCGCGGCGACGCCGGCGCGGCCGGGGCUGGUGGUGCUGCGGGACCCGACGGGGCGGGACCUGGAGGCCCGGUACGUGCUGGGCGGGGAGCUGGGCCGCGGCGAGUUCGGCAUCACGUACCUGUGCACGGAGGCCGCCACGGGCGCGCGGCUGGCCUGCAAGUCGAUUUCCAAGCGGAAGCUGCGGACGCCGGUGGACGUGGAGGACGUGCGCCGGGAGGUGGAGAUCAUGCGCCACAUGCCGCCGCACCCGAACAUCGUCAGCCUCAGCGCCGCCUACGAGGACGAGGACGACGUGCACCUCGUCAUGGAGCUCUGCGAGGGCGGCGAGCUCUUUGACAGGAUCGUCGCUCGAGGGCACUACACAGAGCGCGCUGCCGCUGCCGUAACGCGCACCAUCGUCGAGGUGGUCCAGAUGUGCCACAGGAAUGGUGUCAUCCAUCGGGACCUUAAGCCAGAAAACUUCUUAUAUGCAAACAAGAAGGAGAGUUCUCCUCUAAAGGCAAUUGAUUUUGGGCUAUCUGUGUUUUUCAGGCCUGGUGAACGUUUUACUGAAAUUGUAGGUAGUCCAUACUACAUGGCCCCAGAGGUUUUAAAGCGCAACUAUGGUCCUGAAAUCGAUGUCUGGAGUGCAGGAGUGAUACUUUACAUUCUUCUUUGUGGUGUGCCACCAUUUUGGGCAGAAACUGAACAGGGAGUAGCACAGGCAAUUAUACGUUCUGUGGUUGAUUUCAAAAGAGACCCAUGGCCAAGAGUAUCUGAGCCGGCUAAGGACCUUGUCAGGCGGAUGCUGGAUCCAAAUCCAAUCACGCGACUUACUGCAGCACAAGUACUCGAACAUCCAUGGUUACAUGAUUCCAAAAAGAAUCCUGACAUUCCUCUUGGAGAUACUGUCCGAGCAAGACUGCAGCAAUUUUCUGCAAUGAACAAGUUAAAGAAGAAAGCCUUAAGGGUGAUUGCUGAGCAUUUAUCUUUAGAGGAAGUAGCUGAUAUAAAGAAAAUGUUUGAUGGCAUGGAUGUAAACAAAAAUGGCAAACUAACCUUUGAGGAGUUCAAGGCUGGCCUCCGUAAACUUGGAAACAAAAUGCAUGAUUCAGAUCUUCAGAUGUUGAUGGAUGCUGCUGAUCUUGAUAAAAAUGGCACCCUAGAUUAUGGUGAAUUUGUUACGGUGUCUAUACAUGUGAGAAAGAUAGGCAAUGAUGAACAUAUCCAAAAGGCUUUCUCAUACUUUGACCGGAAUGACAGUGGCUACAUAGAAAUCGAAGAGCUUAGAGAGGCUUUGACCGAUGAGUUUGAGGGACCUGCUGAUGAAGACAUUAUCAAUGGCAUCAUUCAUGAUGUAGAUACUGAUAAGGACGGGAAAAUAAGCUACGACGAGUUCUCGGCGAUGAUGAAGGCCGGAACAGACUGGAGGAAAGCAUCCAGGCAGUACUCGAGGCAGAGGUUCAGCAACCUGAGCCUGAAGCUUCACAAGGACGGGUCCAUCACCGACGAUCGGCAGUAGACCGAGAACAGAACAGAAAAGAACUAGAACGACGCUGAAGUGUUGGUGGGUUUAUCAGCGUUCUGUUUAGCUGUGCCCGGGUUUGUUGGCCAGAUUUUUUUCUCCCCCGCUCCUUUUUUUUCCCGUUCUUUCACACGGUAAAUGAGUCUUCGAUUCUUGGCUUUGUAAAGAUAGCGUUGUAAGUGGAUAUGUUUGCAGUUUAGUGUAAAAAGGUGGUGUGGAAAUGCUUAAUACAGUUCCCUGUUGUCGUU